AUGACUUACAAAAUACAAUUAAUAAAGAACGUUUUUUUAGGUUUAAUCAUAUUAGGCUUUGCAGAAAAGGUCUGGGCACACGUUGAAAUAGAAGCCGAAGAUUAUUUCUUUCCUUUAGAACCUGUAAUAAAUUUUUGCAAAAUGGCGGAUCAGUGUCAACAUGAUUUCGUUGCGAUUUGUGGGCAGGAUUCCCUUGGUAUAUCGCGGAUGUUCAAUGAUAAUUGUGAUCUAUACGAAUACAAUUGUGAUGAGAAAAAACAAUAUCGUCACGUCAAAAUGGACGUGUGUAAAUAUGAAAUUGCUGUAGCAGAAUAA